UAUAUAUAUAUAUAUAUAAAAAAAAAAAAAAAAAGGGUCUGGAAUCUUUUAUAUCUUCUGGGCUAAUUGGAUUUUCAUACGCCAUGGCAUUUUCUCGGACAGCACUUGUCUCUUACCUCCUCAUCCUCAUUGCUUUCUUCUCUCCCACUUCCUCUUCGUCUUCAAGAGCUGAAAUUCAGCCGUCAGAUUCUGAGAAAGUGUCUCUGGGAUUAUACUACGAAUCCCUCUGUCCGUACAGCGCCAACUUCAUCGUCAAUUAUCUGGUCGACAUCUUCCAAAACGACCUCAUCUCCAUUGUCGAUCUCAGUCUCGUACCUUGGGGUAAUGCUAGAAUCAGACCCAACAAUACCUUCACUUGCCAGCAUGGUCCGUACGAGUGCUUAUUAAACACAGUGGAAGCCUGUGCGAUCGAUGAAUGGCCUGAGCUGAAUGUACAUUUUCCUUUCAUUUAUUGCAUUGAAUCUUUUGUGCACGAGCACAAGCACACAGAGUGGGAAAAAUGCUUUGAGAAAUUGGACUUGGAUCCAAAAUCUAUCACCAAUUGCUACACUGGCGAACGUGGAAAAAAGCUUGAACUGCAAUAUGCAGCCGAAACAGAAGCCCUCCAACCUCCUCAUCAAUAUGUGCCUUGGGUAGUUGUGGAUGGACAACCACUUUAUGAGGACUACGAAAACUUUCUAAGCUAUAUAUGCAAGGCUUAUAAAGGUGUUGCUGUACCGAAAGCCUGCCGUGAACAAUCUCUUAAUACCAUCAGAACAAGGAAAUCAAAGCCUAGACGUCCUGUUUGCUAUAUGGAGGAAAAGUCAGCAUUAUCAGCAAGAAUAAGAUCAGCCAUCGCAUCAUGGAUGCAGAAGAUGAACAUGGGAGCUUUGUUGUAAAUGUCCUGUAGUUCCACUUCCUAGACAUAGCAGUGUGAAAUAAAGGAUUGCUACACGAUAUACUCUUGAAUAAACUAGUCACUGCUAUUUAUAUAUAUAUACUUUUAAAUGAA